CAACACAUGUUUUUUGAUGAUGCAGAUCCUCAAAAAACUGAUUGUCCUGACAGACCAGCUAAUAAAGGAAAAUCCAAUUUAAAAGACAUUAAAGAAUUAAAGAAAUCAGACCACCAAAGAAAGAGUGUUUCUAUAAAUAAUAUAGAUGCUACUUCUGAGUGCCAACCAUUUUUAGAAGGAAUGCAUGAGAAGAUGCACAGAUUUAAUGAUAAAGAUAAAGAAUAUGAAUCUUUGCAACUGGGAAUUUGCACAUACCAUUGCUCAUCUUCAGAAGCAAAUACCAAAAUUGAGCAAGUGAGGAAGAGCCAGAGGAUUGCCAAGAAAACCAGAAAGAAGACCAUUUUUAAUUGUUACUCCAAUGAUUCCUCAAGUUCAUUCCACAUUUCACUGUCUGUAAUCAACAGAAGAGAUGGUUUUGGUCAGACAUUGUUGCAUAGAGCUGCUACAGAAGAUGACCUAGAUGGUGUAUGUGCAAUGAUAAAAGCUGGUGCAAAUGUUAAUGCCCAGGAUAAUGCAGGUUGGACCCCAUUACAUGAGGCCAGUUUGGCUGGUUGCUUUGAAAUAUCAAAUGAACUUUUAAAAGCAGGAGCUGAUGUUAAUUGUAAAGGAUAUGAGCAAGUAACACCAUUACAUGAUGCUGUUAAAGAAGGUCACUACAAGGUGGCAGAAUUAUUGCUUUGGUAUGGAGCUGACCCACUGUUCAAGAAUGAAAGAGGAAAGAAUGCCUUAGAAGAAGCUACUGACAAGCAAAUGAGGAAACUUGUGGAAAGUUAUAUAGCUCAUUCUGGUAAAAGAUCAGUAUCAGAGAAUCUGGAAAUACGUUGCAACGUGGCAAAAGAAAAAGAAAACUAUACAUCAGAUAUACCUUUCCAAUCAGUUGCAUUAAAAACUGUUCAGACCAAGUAUAAUGGAAAUUGUCAAUAUGCCGAUUUGGGUUCUGACAAUAAUGUGAAGAAUGUUUCUUCAAGGUGCACACAUUUCAUUCAAAUUGAAGAACAACAAAUACCACAAAUCCUAGAUUCUUCACAACCUAGGAAAAAGACUAAAACAAUUACUAGUUAUCAGCAAAGUACUACAACAACUACAAUAAACAAGAGAAAUGCUAAAGGAGAAACACAUUUGCAUUUAGCUUGCAAAAAAGGAAAAUUAUCUUUAGUGAAAUCUUUGAUAGCAUCUGGAGCAUGUGUAAAUCAAAAAGAUAAUGCAGGUUGGACCCCAAUUCAUGAAGCUUCUAACGGGGGAUUUACUGAGAUUAUUGCAGAAUUACUAAAAUCCGGUGCUGAUGUAAACAGUAAAAGCUUGGAUGGUGUUUUGCCCAUUCAUGAUGCCGUUUCAGGCAACCAUUUUGAGGCAGUACAGUUGCUGUUGCUCCAUGGUGCAAACCCCAACGAAAGAAACAACAAUGGGCAAAAUGCCCUGGAUGAAGCUACUUGUGACCAAAUUAAAGAGCUUCUUAAGUCUUAUGAUGCUACUAAAGUUAAAGAGACUGUUUUGAUGGCUGAUGAUGCUGGAAAAAAAGAGCUGUGCAGAUCAAGGCUUAGGAGAAAAUCUAUUUGUUAUGGUUGCCAAGAAAAGGAGGAUCUGGUUUCACAGUCCAGUUUAGCUGGACAAAAAUAUAUCACAAUUUGUACAUCCAAGACUUUUCUGAGAUUCAGAACUCUUUGAAUACUGUACUUGCCAGACAGAAAUCGGAACGAGAUGA